CGCGCCGCCGAGGUGUCGCCGCCAUGGGCCGCAACAAGAAGAAGAAGAAGCGCGACGGCGACGACCGGCGCCCGCGGCUCGUCCUCAGCUUCGACGAGGAGAAGCGGCGGGACUACCUCACCGGCUUCCACAAGCGCAAGGUGGAACGGAAGAAGGCGGCCAUCCAGGAGAUCAAGCAGCGGCUCAAGCAGGAGCAGAAGAAACUGCGGGAAGAGCGACAUCAGGAGUACUUGAAGAUGCUGGCGGAGAGAGAGGAGGCUCUGGAGGAGGCAGAUGAGUUGGACCGCCUGGUGACCGCCAAGACAGAGUCGGUGCAGUACGACCACCCCAACCACACGGUCACCGUCACCACCAUCAGCGACCUGGACCUCUCGGGGGCGCGGCUGCUGGGGUUGCCCCUGCCGGAGCAGGAUCCGGAGGGAGAGACGCCCAGUAAGGAGAAGAUGGCCAGAGCCUUGCCCCGCAAGUCCAAGGACCCCCUGCUGUCCCAGCGGAUCUGUUCUCUCACGGCCUCGCUGCACGCACACAACCGCAAGAAGGUCAAGAGGAAACGUGCCCACCGGGCCCCGGACUCCAAGAAGCCACCCAGCGCCACGAGGACCAGCAAGACCCAGCGCCGCCGGCUGACGGGCAGAGCCCGGCACAGCGGGGAGUGAGCCCCGGUCACCGAACGGCUUCCUGGCUUAUCCCACGGGGCCUCUCUCCCCGGGGCCCCAUGAGCCGCCAUCGGUCCCCUGACUCUGCGCUGAGAACCAGCCCUGGGCCCCGCCCGCUGUCCCGUGGCAGACGCAGACUUCGUGGGGUGGGCCAGGGACCAGGAGGGCGCCCAUCAUCCCCCCGACACUUAAGCCGAUGGGUGGGAAAGGGAAGUAGAGGGGGGUGAGGGUGGGGGGACACCUGUCUUAAACCUCAUAUGGGCUCAUGUUCCUGAGUGUGGAACAAACCCUAAGGACUGGAGAGUGGGUGAUGGGGUGAGAAUGUUCACUUGUCUCGCGUGUGUUGGGAUUUCAUUCCAGACAUCACCAGGAGUGAUCCUGAGCACAAAGCCAGGAGUAGUCUCUGAGCACUGUAGGGUGGGCCCAAACCCCCUUCCCAAGUUCCUUUUAAAAUAAAAUUCAGACCGGAGCAGUAGUACAGCGGGUAGGGCGUUGGCCUUGCACGUGGCCGACCCGGGUUCAAUCCCUGGCACCCCAUGUUCUUGGUCCCCUGAGCCCAAGAGGAGUGACCCCUGAGCACUGCCAGGUGUGACCACCAAACCAAAAAAUAAAUGGAUAAACUCGUGA